GUAUUAAACGAAGCUUCGCACCACAUAUAAAGCUGUCUUUGCAACGCCGCGCUUUGCUAACAAUCAAUCCAUUUCAGGGUCAGCGGGAAAUCGCGUCCACAAACAAAAAGGCUCGGGCAUUAAUAAAAUCAUUUCAAGUACGUCAACCAAAAUAAAACGUGUGCGGGCAGGACAGGAUCGCUUUAAAAGGCAACUGUGUCAUCAGAGUCUGCGCCCACGUGGGCCGGAGUGCCUGUAUAUAUUGUCUCCCCAACGCAGAUUGAGUCAAAGUUGCGGCAACUCUGAGAGACGGAGCCCGGCGAAGGCAGAGCAGAGCGCGGCGAUUGAGAGCGGAUGGCAUCAGGCAAGCAGGGCGAGGUGGUGGGGAUCUGCACCAGUUACCAGGCGGUGAUGCCCAACUACGCCGGAAUAACGGAGGAGUUCCCGCAGUCGCUCCGGCGCCAGCUGCAAAAGUCCAAGCUGAAGCAGAGGAGACCCCGGGAGGCCAGGUUCAAAACGCAGCCGGUCACCUUCGAUGAGAUCCAAGAGGUGGAGGAGGAAGGGGUCUCGGCGCUGGAGGAGGAGAAAGCCAAGAAGUCGUUCCUGCAGUCGCUCGAAUGUCUCCGGAGGAGCGCCCAGAACUCCUGCGCCCAGAAGGCAACUUUAAGCAACUCAAAGCUGAGAUAUAGUCUGGACUCGAGCGAUUCGGACUCGGCACACUGAUAGAUUGAGGACUGAGUCGCCUUUAAAAGUACUGUGCUUCACAAUGAAGUGUUUUUUUUUUAAAAAGAAGCUAUUUUGUAAAAAGACAUCUAUUUUCAAAGGGGAAACGUUUACGCAUUGCCUGGCGCAAACCAGGAAUAAGUACUGAUGUAAGAUGUUGCUCUGUGCUGGAUGUUUAAAGUCGCGGGUGAAAGCUGUUCGCAGAAUCGCUGUGGCCUCUAUCCGAGUCGACGGAGAGAGGGCAGCGUUGGAAAAGGAGCCGCCGAUUCCUUCAUAGGACAUCACCGAAGUUGCGAUGUGGAUAUAAAUGCAACUCGAGUUUUAACCGAUGUUUGUUUUCCCUCCGCUUUGAGAGUUAUUAAAAUGCGAGAUGCAAUUCGCGGUACGUUUCCUUCCUAAACGUUGUCGGAUUGCACAGCAGAUGCUCGAAGAGUGACUCAAUAGCUCGGCUCUUGCCAAAUUUCACCUAUGUAAUGCUUUUACUACUCAAAUCAGUAAUUUAUAUGUUUGUACUUUGUGAAAUUUGCAACAAUCCGAAAUUGUAUUGCCUCGUGAUUAAUAAAAAUGAUUGCACACUUAAAA